UGAGGUUAUAGAGAAAGAAAGGGGAAGGAAAUUAUGGUGCUGUACUUUUUCUCUCGGAGCGGAAGAGAAAGACUGUAACGGUUCUCACACAGAAUUUGGACUCAUAUUUAAGUAAAAUGUUCAGAAUGUGUGUCGUUCUGCUCUUCUUUUCCAGCAUCUGUACAGUUGUUGUUGGUGCUCCAGUUACAGUCACAGGAUACAGAGGAGAGAGAAUUGACAUCAGAUGCACAUAUGAAUCUGGAUAUGAAUCAAAUCCAAAGUAUUUGUGUAAAGGCGCGUGUAACAUUGUAAAUACAGUCAUCAUGGUUAAAUCAGGAUCUCCAGCUGAAGACCAGAGAUUCUCUCUGAGUGACGACAGGACGGCCAGAGUUUUCACCGUCACCAUCACUGACCUGAGACAAGAGGAUGCAGGACAGUACUGGUGUGGAGUGGAGAGGACUGUAAUUGAUGUCUAUUCAGAGAUUGUGUUGCUGGUUAAACAGGCAGAACCGUCAUAUUUCAGCACAACAGAAACAAAUCCACAAUCCACCAGCAUCACAGUCACAGAUCAGAACAAAUCAACAGAUCUGGUUUCUGUCGCUGGUGGUCUGGGUUCGGUUCUGCUGGUUCUGGUUCUGUGUUCUGGAACGUUCCUCAUCCUAAAAAAGAGGAAAAGUAAAUCUGGGACAGCUUCAUUUCAGCAAAAUGUGCUGCACAACACGGAGACUGUCUGUAUGUAUGAGGAGAUUCCAAACAGUCCUGACGUCACCACAGCAUCUUCAUCCAAUCAGACGCCUGCAUCACAUCUCUUCACCCGCCCACAUGUCUGUACUGUUUAUGCCACAGUAACCAAUCAGCAGCCAGAUUCAAAUCUCCACCACACUCACUCGACCAAUCAGAUGACGGAUACAGACUGGGAUUAUUACUCCAAUAUUAAGUUUCCUGAACCAACAAGAGACAACAGAACAGAACUGAUCUACACAACAGUGACACAUCCACAAAACAUCAAGACAAACAUUGACCCAAAAUAUUCAGUGAUCAAAAUAAUUAAAAAAGACUGUCAACACUUCUUCCACAGACAUUUGCACUGAUGUUACAAGACGUGAAGAAACAAAACUGCUAUAAGCUGCAUAUUUUUAAUGAAUCAAUAUUUUGACACACAAUAUUUUGAGUUUCCAGCAGUAUUUUGUUAACUGUAUAUUGUAAACUAACAAUAAAAGUUACUAAAAUAAAAAAACGGU